ACCCAGCCAUCUUGGAGAUUAAAAAUAAUCCAGAAAAUUGUAUCAAGCAUGGAAUCCAUAAUAAUGGUCAUUUCACCAUCUUUUAGGUUUAGAUAAAUAAAGUUUUUUAACGUCAUGGUUAUUUAUUUCACUGAAUAUUGAUAUAAUAUGUUUUCAUUUUUAAUCAUAUAACGGCAUCAAAUCAAUGUUAAUAAUCAACCAAGGAUGAUCGAUCACUGAAAUUUAAAAACGUCACAAACUUAUUAGUAUAUAUUACGAGUUUGAAGCCUAACUUUUUGCUUCCAAAAUUUCCUAAUUAAAGCACACCAGUUUAGGGAGUAGAUAUUUUGCUACUUCUAAUAAUGAACAAGUUAGAGGGUAAGUCGUCUUGAAUGGAUGUAAUUGCAUGUCAAUCAUAUCCCUCUACCAUUCAUAAUUGAAGCAAUGGCCCAACUAAAUAUUGACCUUUGUUGCAACCUAACUCUUCCCUAUAACUUAGUGUUUGAUCAUCAAAAAGGACAAAAACUCAGCAAAUGUCGAUAAAUUAUUUUCUUACCUAGAUAUUAUAUUAUUUGGUAACUGACAAAAUUUACAUAAAUAUAUGAAGAUACAAUAACAAGAUACAAAAACUAUAUAUAUCGUCAACUUCGGUUUUAUGUUAAAAAAAUAUUAGAACCCCUGUUUUUUACUUAAUACACAACUCCAACCUCUUACUACAUGUUUUCACUCAUCUCCAUAUUCCACAAGUUCUUUUCCUUCUAUCUCAUACACAUAUACUUUUUUAAGUUCUGUCGAUUUCUUGGCAUUAGCCAUUUGGAAGCAUAAGUUGACAAAUGGAUGUGAUGUUUUACCCAAUAUGCCAACAUAAAACCCUCCCUAUAAAAAUAAUAAAAAAUAUUUUUAUUAAGCUAAGCUUUGACAUGAACUUAGUUUGACUACAUCCAUUUCAUUGUCUUCCCAAAAUAUUAAAAAUUAGUUAAAAGACAACCAAACUAUUUCGUAACCUUACAACCAAACUAUAAAUAAAUAUGUUUAGUUCUUCCCCCUUGCAAAGAGAGAAGCCUUGUAGGACCCACAACCAAAACAAUGGACCCACUUCCCUUGUUUGGCCAUAUCUUCCCGACACACAAAUCCCAGAAGGUUCACUUGCCCACGUGUCUCUCCCUUUAUUUCUUUAGUCUCAUUCUACAUUUCUUUUUCUCCAUUAUUAAAUCAAAAUACUAACUAUAAAUCAAAAUUAAAAAAACUCCAAAUGAUCAAUAUAAAUGUCUCAAGCUUUUGUAUCAUAAACCAAUUCAAACUGAUAUUUCAAUUCAUUAUAUCAAAAUGGCGAAUUUCGAGAACCUAUCUUCCGAGUUUCAGACAAUAGCCAUGGAUAUAUAUUCUUCCAUGACUCAAGCUGCAGAUCUAAAUAAUAACAACAACAUUAGCAGUAACCUUCAGUUUCAAACGUUUCCUCCUUUCUCCACUUGUCUCGACUCUCUCUUCCUUCAUCAUCGUCAUCCACAACAACUACUUGAUCUUCCCGGGAAAUAUCCAGGCAGUGAUAAUAAUCUCUCCACGACUUCAACUUUGUAUCAUUCCAGUCACAACAACGUCGACGAGACCAAGAAGAGAAAAGCUUUGUUACAACCUUUGUCUUCAUCGGAGAACAGUAGCGUCUCUGAUCAGCUGAAUAUCAAUACCACCGAAACUGGUUGUUCGAGAAGAGGUAAGAGGUUGAAGAAGAAGAAUCAAGAAGAAGAGAAAGAGAGAGAAGUUGUUCAUGUUAGAGCCAGAAGAGGCCAAGCCACUGAUAGCCACAGCUUAGCAGAGAGGGUUCGGCGAGGGAAAAUUAACGAGAGAUUGAGAUGCUUGCAAGAUAUUGUUCCCGGAUGUUAUAAGAGUAUGGGAAUGGCUACGAUGCUUGACGAGAUUAUAAAUUAUGUCCAGUCUCUACAAAAUCAAGUCGAGCUUCUCUCGAUGAAACUCACUGCUGCAAGCUCGUUUUAUGACUUCAACUCAGAGACCGAUGCUGUUGAUUCCAUGCAGAGAGCAAAGGCUCGUGAGGCAGUGGAGAUGGGGAGACAAACAAGAGAUGGGAACCCUGUCCUCCAUUUAUCAGCAUGGUCCCUUUGACUUAUGUUUUCCCCUUUUCUUAUUUUUAAUAUUUUCCCGAAAAUAUUCUUAUAUUCAUUUGAAUGUAAUAUGUUGUUAUAUGACCCAACUUGGGAUAGUAUUUGUAAUCUAUAUACUUGUAAUUUCGAAAUUAUAAAUUUGUUGGUGGCUUAUAUUGUUCUAAUGUAAAUGUCUCAAUUCUCAUU